GGGGAGCUUGCGCUCGCCGUUGAGGGCGGUCUACGUGUUCCCCACGCCUGGAUUGUCUCUUUGUCUCUCGCUCACUCUCUCAAAAACGGCUUUCGGAGGCAACGGUCCAGGUCGUCGCACAGCAGAGGCUUCGACCCGGUCCAGAACUCCUGCCAUGGAUAACCCCGCUAACCCGAACAUACAUACCAUCGUCAAAGCUCAAAUCGUCUUCCUCUUGUCGACCUUAACGGAGGACAACUUCGAGCGGAACCAAGUCGAAAUCAGAUCCCUCUCUGAACAACAUGGCCUUGAAACCUACCUGCACUUCAUCCGACGUCUGAUCGUUCACUCUUCCUCCCGAAUAUCCGCCUCCUCUUCCCCCGCGUCGUUGGACCCCUCUUCCGCCCUCACCUUUCGCCUGCUAAUGGAAGAAGUGCAACGUCUGGCACGCGACCCUUUUCUCGCAGACCGCUUCAGAGAUGGUGUCGAUAAAGGCGAGGGGGAGGCAUUCCGCAACUUCGACCUGUUGCGUUUUAUGGACAGAGUGGGUUUACGGCCGCUCGAGCGACUCGUUCUGGCAUCUUCCAUCGCAGCCGCUCCUACGCGACGAGAGUUGUCCGGGAUGUCGGUCAAUAUCAUUCGCAUGGAGUUCGAGAACGCCGUCCUCUCGUUGUGCCAGCACCCAUCCUUCGACCAAGCGGACUUGUCCCCAAACCAGGUCGCGAAGCUGAUGUCCAAUCUCCUCAGCGAGGCUCCAACCGACGGCCCCAUCCUCGACGCGACCCAGCGACAAGCGCUCAUAAUGGCGGCUCAGACGAAGUAUGGCCCGGAGAUCAUCAUGCCUAUCCUGCAGCGCAUAUUGCCCACCAUCCAUCUUCAACAGAACACGACCUUGGUGCAACUGAUGAUUCAGCUUGGACCGGAAAUGACCUGCGAUCCUGAUAUCGCGUUAGCGGUGUUGGCUCGCUUUGGAAUGACUGAGAACAGUCCGCCGCAGGACGAGCAGGUGGUGGAAAUUAUUUCUCAGUUGGCGCGCUUGGCUGCAGAGGGGCCUAUCUCGGUCGACGUGGGCGCGCUAGUGCAUGUCUUGGCUCGUUUAAACCAGAACUUAAACUGGGCGAACGCGAUCCAUGCAUUCGACCGACCAGAUCGUCAUGGCGUGGAGACGUCGACCCUGAAGCUACUCAUUGCCAUUCUCCUUAGCUGUCCUCUUGAGUCAGAACAUCACGCAGUUUCAGGUUUCUGGCAGAUUUGGAACAAUUCGCUUUACCAGCUGCGCCUCCUAGAUGCUCUCCUCUCUCUGCCUAGCGACACUUUCAACUUCGUGACCUUGCCUGGUCGACGUAUCGUCUCCACCGAUGACAUCCCCGCGACUAGUCCGAGCAUCAAGGCGUUGGCUGCAAACGUGCAGGUGCACACUUGGAAUUCGCUGGAUCUAUUCGAGGUUCUUGUUGGUUUAGCGGACUCCGAGUCCUUGGAAGUCCGCAACUUCGUCCGGGAAAUGCUAGACAAGGCAGUCAAGAUUAGCGCAGAGAUUGUUCAAAUGGGUCUCUUGCAGGUGGCAGGUUUGCCCUGGGGGGAGAUCCGACUUGAGUACUCCCAGCGACUGCUCACGAUGUUCUUGGCAGGGCAUCCUAACCAUCAGCUGGUGUUCAUGAGGAUCUGGCAGAUUGAGCCGAAAUAUCUCCUAAACUCGUUGCGAGAGUUCUACGAGGAGAACCCCCUGAACAUCACUCGCAUCCUAGAUGUGGCGCAGGAUUUGAAGAUUUUGGAUCAUCUCCUCGAUUGCAAGCCGUUUGCGUUUGCUUUGGAUGUUGCUGCGCUCGCGUCUCGCCGCGAAUACUUGAAUCUCGACAAAUGGCUUGCGGACAACGUGACCGCUCAUGGUGCUGACUUCCUUCAUGGCGUCAUCGGCUUCCUCGACUCGAAAAUGGAAAGCGAGAAGUCAACUCGAGUUUCCGACCCUGCUGUGGAAUCUCGCACGAUGCCGCUCAGCCCCCAGACUAUAACAAUCUUCCUCCGCGUCCUCCGCGCUAAUUCCAAUCUCAUGCACGAGAGCGACGUCGACUAUUGUCUCGAAGUCCGUAAUGCCUGUCUUCAGAUUCACCCACGCCUCAUGAACCUGAUGCCCGGCACGGACGUCGAACCCGGCUUCACCGUCGUCACCUACUCUCAGGAGGUCGAAGCGGAAGUCGAUUCGAUCUACAAGCAGAUGUACGAUGAGCACAACACAAUUGACGAGGUUAUCGCCUUGCUGCAACGCAACAAGAACUCCAAUAACCCCCGUGACCACGAGAUCUUCUCCUGCAUGCUGCACUUCCUGUUCGACGAGUACAAGUUCUUCCAAUCGUACUACCCUCCUCGCGAGUUGGCCAUGACAGGCUAUCUGUUCGGGUCGCUCAUCCAAUACCAACUGGUAGAUUACAUCCCCUUAGGUGUAGCUAUCCGCUACGUCUUGGAUGCCCUGAACUGCCCGCCAGAAACCAACCUCUUCAAAUUUGGUCUGCAGGCUCUCGUCAGGUUCGAGUCUCGCCUGCCCGAGUGGCAACCCCUGUGCCAGGCGCUCCUCAAGAUCCCGCAUCUCCUAGAUGCGCGCCCCGAGCUCGUCAAUAUUCUCGGACGGGCGAUUGCCAUGGGCGGUGAAGGCCAGAAUAAUACCGCUGACUUGCGCACGCUUCCUGGUGGCACCAUUCCUGAAGCACCAUCAGCUUUCACCGCCGUUCGCCUAGACUUAACUGACGGCAGCCCGGAGUCCCCUGCUGAAGAGGUAUCCGACAAGAUACUCUUCAUUGUUAACAACCUUGCCCCUUCGAACUUCGACGCCAAGCUGACGGAGAUGAAGGAGCAAUUUCAAGAGCAGCACUCUCGGUGGUUCGCCAAUUACCUUGUGGACCAACGUGUCAGUACCGAGCCGAACAACCACCAACUGUACCUUCGCUUCCUCGACGCUCUCAAUAUCAAGGCGCUAUUCAACUUCGUCCUGCAUGAGACUUUCGUGAAGUCCGCUCAACUUCUCAACUCCGAGAAAACUCUUCAGGUGGCUUCAGAAAGAACAGUCUUGAAAAACGUUGGAGCAUGGCUCGGUAGCAUUACCUUGGCGCGCGAUCGUCCCAUCAAGCACAAGAAUCUAUCCUUCAAAGACCUCUUGAUUGAAGGUUUCGAUAACGGACGCCUCAUCGUAGCGAUUCCGUUUGUCUGCAAAACUCUCGAGCCAUGCGCUAGGUCUAAGGUUUUCGGGCCGCCGAACCCGUGGUUGAUGGCGGUCAUUUCACUCCUCGCAGAGUUAUACCACUAUGCUGAACUCAAGCUCAACCUCAAAUUCGAGAUCGAGGUGCUUUGUAAGAGUCUCGACAUCGACCUCGAGGCAGUCCAGGCGACGACUAUUCUUCGUAACCGUCCGCUUUCCGAUUCUGGACCGCAGCUGCCUGAGUACCCUAGUAACAUUGAUUCGCUGCCCAUGGGAGGGUACGAUCCGGCCCGCAUGCAGUCCGACGGUCAGGUCAUCGCUCUUAGCGGCGCCCGUGCCUCUGAUCAGCGUGCUCUGGAUGCGCACAUCGAGAACAUCUUGGCGAGUGUGCUACCUAUGGUGGUCAUCAAUCCCGCUUUGGCGCCUUUGAACACCAACCAAUCUUUCAAGCGUGCGAUCCAGGUGGCCGUUGAGCGUUCGAUUCGCGAGAUCAUCAUGCCGGUUGUUGAGCGUUCUGUCACGAUCGCGGGCAUCUCUACUCGUGAACUUGUCCUCAAGGAUUAUGUGACUGAACAGAGCGAAGAAAAGCUGCGUCACGCUGGCCGGCUCAUGAGCCAGAAGCUUGCAGGAAGCUUGGCCCAGGUCACCUGCAAGGAGCCUUUGAGGGGAAACCUUGCUAGCCAUCUCCGCGUGGUUUUGACCGAAUUCGGCUUCGCUGAGAUUGUCUCUGAGGAAAUUAUCACCCUCGUUGUCAACGACAACGUCGACAUUGCAUGCCAGGCCAUCGAGAAAGCAGCAAUGGAUAGGGCCGCCCUCGAAGUUGAUGAGGCAUUCGCCUCGCACUUCGAAGCCAGGAGGCGGCACCGCGAGCAACGCCCUGGACAGCCGUUUUGGGACCCUGCCAUCCCUGCCUCGUCGCAGUUUUCCGCUAUCUUGCCCGACCCCCUGCGUAUCCGGCCAAUGGGCGUACAGCCCAUCCAGGCGGCCGUUUACGAGGACUUUGCCACGGAUGGGAAGCGGCGCACAGGCGUGAUCAGUCGCCCUGGCUCCACAGUGUCUUACACUCACAACGACCCUCUCUCGUCCAUCUAUAACCCUUCUCCCGCGCCAGAUGCGGUUCAGGGCAGGACGUUACUGUCACAUGUUGACAUCAUGGAUAGGUUCACUGCGCUGAUUAAAGACCUUGAGAGCGUCCUUCCUCAGCUUCCGAUUCAGUCGUUAACUGCUUUGCCACCUAACCACGAGAUUCGCCAGCUCCUUCGCGAAAUCCUUUUCCUGGCAGCCAGCUCAGCAGAUCACCAACGCACCCCGCUGUUAAUGUCGCAGAAGAUUGUUCAGCUUCUGUACAAAAGCAGCAUGCAGCUCGGGCGCGAGAUUUAUGUCGCUUUACUGGACAAGCUGUGCCACUCGUUCGAAGAGGUAGCAAAGGAGGCCAUUAACUGGUUGAUAUACGCCGAGGACGAGCGCAAGUUCAAUGUCCCUGCCACUGUCACCCUACUUCGCAGCGGUCUCGUCAAUCUCGGCCAAGAGGAUCAACAGCUCGCCAAGUUCCUAUACACUGAGCCCAAGCCGUCGUUGCUCAAUUUUGCUGCUGGUCUGAUUCGCGAAUGCUUGUCGAGUGACCCACCGGUCGCUUCGCAGGCUCAGUUCGCUUACACUUUGGAGAUCCUGACACAACUCGCUCAGCAAGGAAAGGCUAAUGACGAGGUGUUGAGACUUCUUGAAGACCUGCGUGGCGUGCGCCGUCCUUCCACCACGGCACCUGACGCAGGAAUCGCGCGGCAGCCCUCAGUGAAGCCUGAGAACGACUCGCUCAGGGAAAAGCUGUUUAUCUGGUUCCAACAAUGGGUCCACAUCUACCAGCGCUCCCCGUUACCUGAAAAAUCUUUCGUACCUUUCAUCAGCCAGCUGACGAAGCAGGGAAUCCUGAAGGCCGAGGACGUCUCUUCGUUCUUCUUCCGAGUCUGCAUGGAGUCGAGCGUCAACAGCUAUGUGAAAUGCGUCAAUUCUGGAGAGUUCGACUUCGCCUUCAUAGCUCUCGAUGCUUUCUCGAGACUCAUCGUGUACAUGAUCAAGUAUCACGGUGAUGCUUCGGGCGUGAACAACGAGCAGGCAAAGGUGCACUACCUCACCAAGAUUUUGUCUAUCGUCGUCCUGGUGUUGGCGAACAUGCACGAGGAGCAGGGACUCUUGUUUUCCCAGAAGCCCUUCUUCCGCUUCUUCUCCAGCCUCUUGAACGAUCUUCAUGCGAUUGAGAGCAAUCUCAGCGUCGUAUACUUCCCGCUCCUGCUAGCCGUCAGUGACACUUUCAGCUCGCUCCAGCCUACCUUCUUCCCGGGUUUCGCAUUCUCCUGGACGAGCUUGAUUUCGCACCGGCUGUUCAUGCCAAAGUUGCUACUAUCCGAGAAUCGCGAGGGUUGGUCUACCUUCUACAGGCUGUUGCUUGCGCUGUUCAAGUUCUUGACUCCCUUCCUGAAGGCUUCCGACCUGCAGCCUGCCACUCGGGACCUCUACCGUGGUUCUCUUCGACUUCUACUUGUCCUGCUACACGACUUCCCCGAAUUCCUCAGCGAGUAUUACUUCACGCUUUGUGACAUAAUCCCUCCCCACUGCAUACAACUGCGCAACGUCAUUCUCAGCGCGUUCCCACCUACAAUCAUCUUACCCGACCCUCACCUCCGUAACGUUAAGUUCGAUUCCAUCCCGGAGAUGGGCCCGAUACCCCCUGUGUUGUCAGACUUCUCCUCGGUCCUCAAGGCCGGAGACCUCCGCACCUAUCUGGACCAGUAUCUAUUGAACCGUGGUUCCCCGUCCUUCCUGCCCUCGCUCAAGGACCACCUUCUUCUCUCCGAAGGUUCGACCGACAGAUACAACCUUUCGCUCAUGAACGCUCUCGUCAUGUACAUCGGUGUAUCCUCCGUUGCUCAGGCGAAGGCCAGGAGCGGCAGCUCGCUCUUCGUAGCUAGUGACCCAGGUGUAGUCGCACUGCAGUACCUUGCUACCAACCUUGACGUCGAAGGUCAACAUCACCUUUUGAGCGCCAUGGUACUGCACUUGCGCUACCCCAAUGCGCACACGCAUUGGUUCAGCUCGCUCAUGCUGCACCUCUUCUACGAGCUCAAGGACGAUAAGUUCAGGGAGAUCAUGACGAAGGUUCUCCUCGAGCGCUUCCUCGUCCACCGCCCUCACCCUUGGGGAGCAUUGGUCACGUUCAUCGAGCUACUCAGGAACUCAAAGUACGACUUCUGGAACCACGACUUCAUUCGCAUUGCACCUGAAGUAACGCUUUUGCUCGAAACUGUCGCAAGGUCCAUUUUCCAAUCCUAGAGUGUUGCCGCUAUCGCCGUCGCUAUCUGUUUUAUAUAUCCGUUUGUCCUCUCAUGAUCUCUUUGGGUUUUGUUAUCAUCCGCAAUUGUAUUCUAACAAGACGACAGCAUCCCAUGUGUCAAAAGGCAUCAGCCAACUUUCGAACUUUGCUUACACGUCGGGUCUCGCGCAUUCCAGACUACUACUAGUGCUUAUCCUAAAUUGUCUGUAUAUCCCCUGUAGUACAUCUUCCUCCCGUAAUCUAGAAUGAUGACAUCCCGCCAUUCAAGGACCACUGGUCUCCCCACACCCUGUAGUCGGAUGUCAGUAAGUAAGCAAUGUAUUGUUGUCCCUACUUGCCCUGUCGCUUGUACACCUGCGGCACCCCUGGUAUCCACCUCUCCAGUGAGAAUGAGCCAGUCUGGGACCGUCAAGCCAGUGCGAACUGGGAACAGUCGUAAUGCCCUCUCCAGAGCGACUUCGUCAUUAGCAUAUAUAACCAUCAUCACCGCCACGGUGGAUGCUGGAUGAGGGUGCAAGAACACUGCAGAUGAUUCUUGGUCAAGGAUGCGGCCGUUGAAGGAAAGCUUGUCGCCGUUAAGGCUGAAAGGGGUCUGACUAGAAGCCAAGAUCUGCUCUAGGAAAGUGUUGCUCGCAUUACCUAGUACGACAAUAUUGCCGUCUAGAGAGUCACUGUAGAGAAGAGCUUGGGCUUCAUGAGCUUCGAGAACGUUGGUGUCCAGCUUGUGGUAUACGUUCAAGGAGUGAGCAAGACGUAGAGCGGCCUGAAGAGGUGCGCCGUCGCCUUUGCUCCGGAUGACGAGCUGCAAGGGUGCUGGUGAUUGCAGGAUGGCGUACAUGCGUCCCGACGGCUGAAUAUGGGCGUUGUCUCCAAGUGUUAUCUUCCAAGUGCCGUCAGUGCUUCUGCUGACCUCAAUGUAAGGGGAAUCGCCGUAGUACUCUGGGAAGGCCAGUGCUUGGUCACCGAUCACCAGAGCAGACGCAAAGGAGAUAGUUCUUGUGUGGAUUGAGAACACUCGAACAUUGUGGGGUAAGACUUUGACUGCGCCUUCAGUCGAGGUAACAGUCAGACGGGCCAGGCGCCCGGGAGUCUCGAGGACAAGAACUCGCCAUCCAUGUAGCGAACCACUUUCGGAAGGAAUAGCCACCGUCAAUGUGAACGAUUGAGAUUGAGGGCGGGUCAGACCUGAGUUCAACAGGGAUUUGUCAAUGAAGGCUUGCGUCCCGCCAUCCUCGAAUGCAGCCUGAUAACAAUGGGGCUGUCCAGGGUCCUCCCUAAACCUGUGUGCCGAUAUUC